AUGAACGAGAAGACGACUGAACAGACUAGCAGCGCAUUGAGACCACCCUUCUCCUCUCGUCCGAUUCCACCUCCCUCCACGGCUGCCAACUCCAGCAACCCCACAGCACGUGAACUCGUGCAUCAAAAUGGUCAUAUCGACCCCAACCAGGGUCACGCUUUGGCAAGCGGGCAGCCUGUGCUGGACUCAGUCACAACCAUACCGCUAACGCCGGAAGACUCUCUUCCAACCAUAAGCGGCAGGAACAACGAGGCAUACCUUGCCAACGAUGACCCUCGCCAGUUCUUGAAACACGAUCUCGAUCUCUCGCGCCUCAAUCGCAUACAUGGACACCUAUGGAUGGCAGGCCGGCCGAUGCGCGCUAGACCGUUGCACAGAUACAGGAUGCUGGGCAUGGAAGUGCUAGGCACACAACAAAUGGAUCUACAUUUGUUGAAAUAUUCAAACAAACUGCUAGUCAAGCCACUGCCAGAGUGGAUGCUCAGCUAUGACUUUUGGAGAGAGCAUAUCUGUCAACCAGGCGAUGCUGAUUCUAACAACAAUAUCAAGAGAGAAGAAGGCUGGCUGUGGAAGAGUGCCGCAGGAUUUUUGGUGAGCUAUGUGUGGCUCAUCACUACACCACUCGACUUGAAGAUUGCACACGAAUGCACGCUCCUGCCAAGUUUCAUAACUUGGCACUGGUGGAAAGAUUUUGUGAGGGAUUUCAUGCACCAUGUGGAUAUCAACACGCUACAUCAGGUGAAUAAGCGGUAUCAGUUCGGCGAUUUGAGGUUGGGAAGAAUCAACAGCACCUAUCGGAUACGGUAUGCACAUACGCACUUUGUAAGAGGAUAUCUAUACGGAUACAAUCGCUACGUGAUCUUCUUCCAGCGAAACUUCUCUUGGAUCCUUAUCGUAUUCGUCUUCUUCAGUCUCGUCCUUUCCGCUAUGCAAGUCGGUUCAGGCCUCAAAGAACUCGAAGAUAACUAUGCAUUCCUUCGCGCCAGUUAUGUUUUCGUUGUGUUUAGCAUGAUUUCCGUAGUUGCUGUGCUUGCAUUUGUGACUAUCGUCUUUAUCGGCAUCUUUCUCUUCAACAUGGUAAAAGCGAUUGCGCACGCGGCAAGUGAGCCAAAGAAGAGGACAAAAGCAGCCGAGCAGAAGCAAGAGGCGGGUAAGAAUGUAUGA